ACGAUUCUACAUGUCGGAUACGUUCUGCCAGCAGUACGCUUUAAAACACUGGAAUGACAACAGAAAGACGGAAGAAUACAGAAGAAAAGAAAAGAAAAACACUCCCUCGUCUGUUCGUUUUUUCUUCCUUCACUUCCUUACUCCCCCCGUCUCCCUCUCUCUCUCUCUCUCUCUCUCUCUCUCUCUCUCUCCUUCCCUGUCGUUCUCGCGCUCCCGUUUAGUUCGGAUAAAACAUGAAGGAAAAGAGGAGCAAAUUCCAGCGGGGACCAAAGUCAAGCGAAAGUUUCUCGUGAACCGGGAUCUCAUCAUUACCGAGCGGAUGGACGGACAGGAAGGAAAAGAUCAAUUCAAGUCCUCGCCGUGAUUAGAUGUAUAAACAAUCGCUAAAGUCAUAAACUGCGCUCGCUCGUGAAUGUGUGACAGUCGCGCCAGCCGGACUCGAGGCGCUGGGUCUGCUCCUGUCCGCUGAAGAGCAGAGACUUCAAACCCGAGAAGCAGAGGCGUCGCCACCCGUCGAUUCAGCAGUCAUGGCCGGGGCGAAACCGGGAGUACACGCGUUGCAGCUCAAACCGGUGUCUGUCCAUGAGGUGCUUAAACGGGGGAGCAAGUUUAUCAAAUGGGACGAGGAGGCCAACAGCAUACCCAGCCUUGUCACCCUUAAAGUGGACCCAGAUGGAUUCUUCCUCUACUGGUCUGGAGGGAACAGCAUGGAAGUGGAAAUCCUGGACAUCAGUCAAAUCAGGGACACCAGGACAGGGAGGUUUGCCAAGAUGCCAAAGGACCAACGUAUACGUGAUACGCUGGGUUUGGGCAAAGGAGAAAACAACUCCGACACAAAGCUGCUAACUGUCGUCUACGGCAAUGACCUGGUCAACAUCUCCUUCCUCAACUUCCAAGCUGUGCAGGAUGGCUAUUGCAAGGUGUGGACUGAUGAGCUGUUUAAACUUGCCACAAAUAUACUGUCCCAGAAUGCUUCCCGCAACAUCUUCUUAUUCAAAGCUUACACCAAGCUGAAGCUGCAGGUAAACCAGGAUGGGAAAAUCCCAGUGAAGAACAUCCUAAAAAUGUUCUCGGAUAAAAAACGUGUGGAGAUGGCGCUGGAGCACUGUGGUCUGGUCAAUAACAGGGCGGAGGGUAUAAAGCCGGAUGACUUCACCUGGGAAAUGUUCCAGAACUUUCUCAACAAACUAAGUCCCAGACCAGAGGUGGAGCGUAUCUUCGUAGAGCUUGGCUCCAAAGGGAAGCCCUUCCUGUCUCUGGAUCAGUUGAUGGACUUUAUAAAUCGAAAACAGAGAGAUUCUCGACUAAAUGAGGUUCUUUACCCACCACUCAAGCGAGAUCAGGUCCGCCAGCUUAUGGAGAGAUACGAGACCAACACCAGCCAGCUGGAGAGGGAUCAGAUCUCUCUGAUGGGCUUCACAAAGUAUCUUGGCGGGGAGGAGAACUCUGUGGUUCCUCCUGAGAGGUUGGACAUCAUCGAUGAUAUGAACCAACCCCUGUCCCACUAUUUCAUCAACUCCUCACACAACACAUACCUCACAGUGGGUCAGCUGACAGGCCUGUCAUCAGUGGAGAUGUACAGGCAGGUGUUGCUGACAGGAUGCCGCUGUAUAGAGCUGGACUGCUGGAAGGGCCGCCCACCUGAAGAAGAGCCAAUCAUCACACACGGUUUUACCAUGACAACUGAGAUUUCGUUUAAGGAAGUGAUCGAGGCCAUUGCUGAAAGUGCAUUCAAGACAUCUCCCUACCCUCUAAUUCUGUCUUUUGAAAAUCAUGUGGACUCGGCAAAGCAGCAGGCUAAAAUGGCAGAGUACUGUCGCUCUAUGUUCGGGGAUGCGCUGCUCAUUGAACCCCUAGAGAAAUAUCCGCUGGUUGCUGGUCAACAACUGCCAAGCCCCCAGGAACUCAUGGGGAAGAUCUUGAUCAAGAACAAGAAGAAACAUCAGCACAGGGCCUCUAAUGGUGGGAGCAUUAGACGGAAAGAUGGAACAGAUGAGCAGUCCUCACCUUUGAAUGAUUGUCCAUUGUCUGAUGGGGAGGUGGGUCAGCUCAUGUCCAAUGGGGGCGAGAAGCUUGCAGAGAGGAUGGCCAAAGAUCUUGAUAUCCGCAAGUCUAUUGAUCGGGGAGAUGGGGAGAGUGAAGAGGAGGAGGAAGAGGAACCCAUUCCAGAUCCAAAGAAACACAACAACACUGAUGAGGGUACUGCGUACAGUGAGGUGAAUGCUACAGAGGAGAUGUCUACGCUGGUCAACUACAUAGAACCUGUCAAAUUCAAAUCCUUUGAAGCGGCAGCCAAGAGGAAUAAAUAUUUUGAGAUGUCAUCUUUUGUGGAGACCAAAGGCAUGGACACAUUAAAGAACUCUCCCAGCGAGUUUGUUGAAUACAAUAAAAAGCAGCUGAGUCGGAUCUACCCCAAAGGGACUCGUGUGGACUCUAGUAACUAUAUGCCACAGCUCUUCUGGAACGUGGGAUGCCAAAUGGUGGCGCUUAACUUCCAAACUCUCGACUUGCCGAUGCAGCUGAACACGGGGGUGUUUGAAUAUAACGGCCGCUGUGGUUAUCUGCUGAAGCCGGAGUUCAUGAGACGCACGGACAAACACUUUGACCCCUUUACUAUGGACAUUGUGGAUGGCAUUGUAGCCAACACAGUUAAAGUCAAGAUCAUCUCAGGUCAGUUUCUGAAUGAUAAGAAGGUUGGUGUUUAUGUGGAGGUGGACAUGUUUGGACUCCCUGCAGACACUAAAAGGAAGUAUCGAACGAAAACAUCUAACAACAACUCUCUGGACCCAGUCUGGGAUGAUGAAACAUUUGUGUUCAACAAGGUGGUGCUGCCCACUCUUGCAUCUCUGCGAGUUGCAGUGUAUGAAGAAAAUGGAAAGUUUAUCGGCCAUCGCAUUUUGCCAGUAUCGGCACUGCGCCCAGGAUAUCACUACAUCUGUCUGAAGAAUGAGCUCAACCAACCACUUUUGCUGUCGUCCCUACUUGUGUACACUGAGGCACAAGACUACAUUCCCAACGAACACCAAGAGUAUGCAGAGGCUCUGACAAACCCAAUCAAACAUCUCUCUCUGCUGGCCCAGAGAGAAAGGCAGCUAUUAGCACUUAUGGAGGAUCCCACUGAGGGUGGACCUUUAAAACAAGAUGAAGGAGACAAGUUUGACUCUGGCUGCUUGACCUCUGUUGACCCUAUUUGCCCUGUGCCAUCUUCAACAGUUCCUCCUGUACUUACUGAGGUCAUGAACCCUCCUGCAUCAGGCCAAAAAGAAGAUUUAGUCAACAAUAUUCUUAAAGUAAUCGAACCAGAGUCUAUUGAUGAGCUCAAAAAGCACAACUCCUACCUGAAGCUGUUGAAGAAGCAAUGCAAAGAACUCAAGGAGCUGAAAAAGAAACAUCUAAAAAAGGUGUGGGCCCUCAAUAAGGAGCAAAGGACUCGCUGUAGUCAGCUGAACUCUGACCUCCAGAGGAAACGGAGUCAGAUGGAGAAGCGCCUCCGCUCCAGUCUGAAGAAAACUGGGUCAGAGGAGGGUCAGAGGGAACUGAAUGAGCUGGAUGUGGAGGUGCAGAAACAGAUGGACCACUUCAAAGAGAAGCAGAUGCAGGAGCUUCUUGUGCUUAGACAGGCACAGCAUCAGACAGAGAAAGAGGCUAAACAAUUCCACCUCAACGAGGCCAAUCAGAAAUUGAGGGAAAUCGCCCAAGAAUGCCAAGCAGCCCAGAUCAAGAAGCUCAAGGAAGUGUGUGACAAAGAAAAGAAAGAGUUGCAGAAGAUUCUGGACAGGAAAAGGCUGAACAGCAUCAUCGAGGCCAAAAAAUCAGAAAAGGACAAGGCCGAGGCCAGGGAGCUGAAUGAGAUCAAUAGGAAACAUAUCAAUGAAUCGGUUAACUUAAUCCGACAGCUGGAAGUGUCUCAAGGGAAGCGACAAGAGAAGUUAAAAGGCCUUCACAAGGACAUUCUUCAAAAAAUAGAGGAGGAGGUUCCGAUGGAUCAGGCCCGUCUGACACGCGACUGCGAAGCAGAGCUGAAGCGCUUGCCGGAAGAGAUCUAUCAGUAUCUGCAGGAGAUCGAGAGUAAAGGCUCUCGUAAAGACACUCUGGUGGGUCAGGCCAACGACAGCCCCAGCUCCGGCCCCCCCUCUAACUGCAGCACACCCCCUUAUUCCUCCCCCAAUCACAGCUGGAGCAACAUGUCCAAUAACUCGUCCUCAAUGCUGGACUCCUCCUCCACCUCAAACACUGCCGUCAACUCAGAGACGGAUUCUACAGGAGUGUACUAGUGAUACUACAGAUCUUUCUUUUGUUUUUCUUAUCACUCUCUCCAGUCCAUUUCUAUCCUCGGUGUGAAUUUUAAGAAUAGAUAUAGUAUUACUAAAAGCUGUAUGCAUUUUUGGAGGGUUUUGUUGUUGUUUAGCCUGCAUACACCUUGCCAUCAUGUCUGUCUGAAUCAACUCUGACAUUCUUUUUAACCAAAUUCCUGUUUUAAUCCGUAAACACGGCGGAUUUUAUCUAGCUUUAAUAACGUGGCCUCUCGUUCAUACUAGCACCUGUACACAAGAUACCUGUGGAAACCAGAGGGAUAGGGUUUUCUAUUUAUUUCAGUUCUAUAUUGGGCACUUUGCAGCACUAUGGGUAGUGCAGCGAGUUGUCCUAAAGGUGGCAGUGUAAAUUUGGCAGUAAUACCUUCUGACGCUGUGAUGCUAGCGCUAGACUCAUGCUUAGUCUUAAAGGUACCCGUUUACAUAAUAAUGCGCAGAUGGACUAUUUCUUACACAGCGCCAACAAAAUUAAUUUCACCCCAGCGACGAAACAUCCGGUCUUGUGAAUGUUGAUCAGGCCCUGAGCACACUUUGAAAAAUGUUUUUCACUAGGGCAACUUUAUUUAUUUACCUUAUUUGCUUCCAAAAAGUGUGCCCUUAUUAAAGUGAUAACUUUUAGGGCUACGUAAGGUGCCGAGUCGACCGUUUGAGGGUACCGCCCCAGUGACGAGCUAUCAAUCAGCACCUUUUUUUUUUUCCUAAAAGUACGUAGUGUUUGUUUGUGUCCGAUGACAGUAAAAUGAUUAAGUGCCUCGCAUUUACAUGUACUUUGCCUGAACUCUCUCACCCAGUUAAUGCGUUCUAAAAUCCCAUAAUCCCACUCGCUCUCUUUCCUAUACCUCCCCCGUAUCUGUCUCUCUACCGGUUGGCUUAAUCUAAUCUAAUCUAAUCUUAUCCAGAUUCUGUGUAAUUGGCAGCGAUCCCGCAUCUCACACCGUCUGAAAUCCAGUGAUGUCUAGGAAACUUCAAACUGCCAAACCCCCCUCUCGGAUCUUCUCACGUUCCGGGUGCCGUGUCAGGAACGCUGCAUACAAAUCCCUCGUCUGGCUUUAUCAGGGUCUAUUCAGAGUCAUGUUGCAUAAUAUGCAGCAAAAGCAGAGCAUAUGAGAUGAGUUUUUAAUGUGAGAUUGAAGCAAGACUUUUACAGCUUAGCUCUGAUCACCACAAUCCAGGGCUUUUUUAAUCCAUUAGAAUGUAUGAUGUUUGGAUUUUGCUUUCUCGUACUGUAAUCUGCUCUGCCCCCCACCCGCUAUUUCAUGUUUGCUUUUGUACAUUUGGGCAGUUUUUUUUUUAAUUCUAUGCGCAUGUGCGUCUUUCCUCCACCUUUUUUCAUUCUCUUUGUGUCUCUCAGGGCUUCGCAGCUUAAUAUUAAGACAGUUGGAGUUGAGCGGGCAUCAUUCACACUGGUGUGCUUGGUGCUUAACGAUCUCAAUUGAAGCACUUUGAGAAAGACAAUGAUAACAGCACUUAUGAUUAUCAAACAAUUACAUUUGCUGAGCGAGUAACAUAAUAUGCAUCAUGGACAUGACGGUUCUUCUGCAUGCUUGGACGAUAAUAUUUCCCAGUGUAAUUUACAAAGUGUGUGCGCGCGCGUGUGUGUGUGUGUGUCCGUAUGUGUGAGGUAAGCUCUGGCUGUGAGAAUGAACACUGCACAGUAGAGUUUAGAAGGCCAGAAGCCAAAAAGGGCUGAAACGAGAUGAGAUGGACAACACCAUUGUUUGCUAUGAGAAGCGAGCAUGAGUGUAUGUGACUCAGCCCAUAUAAUGUGUUCAUAUGUUAAGUCGAUAGCUUUAUUUACCCGUAUGAACAGGGAUAAAUGGUACUUGCAUGUAAAUGUUUCCUCUCUGUGUCUCUCGUUAUCUUUGGAGAGGGACAUAAGUGUUGUAUAUACUACCAGGAAAUAUUAAUGUGUGUAUUUCAGUCCAAACCACGAGAGAGUUUAUAUCCAUUUACAUAUAAUUAAUUCAAUUUUAAAUAUAAAUGCGUAAAUGAAUUUUACUACUGACUAGAGGAGAGGUUGAGUGUGACUUCUGUCUUUUUUCUUGCCUCUUAGGCUAAUCUAGUGUCCUAACGAUACGCACACUAUACAGGUAACCUAAGCACCAUUCAGCUGUCUUCUAAUGUGCGGUAUUUGAUUUCUAACUUAAAAUGAGGUGCAGGUGUUUUAUAUUGAGACACAAAAACUUUAUGGCCUAUCUUUUUUUUUUUUUUUUUUGAUACUGAUGAUUGUCUUGUUCUUUACAGUGGCAUGAUUCUAUAUUGUUCCUUAUGUUAUGUCACUUCAUGGUUCUGUUUUGUGUAUAGACAGUAGUUAUGGUUGAAUGGCGCUUUUUUUAUCAUUUAAAAACCCAACAAUUCCUUUUUUGAAAUGAUGUAAUUUAGAAAUCCACUUUUUAGUGUCUUAAGAUGGGACAAAAUUCAUGUGGUUGCUCCGAUUUCUUUUGAUUUUAGCACCUUUUAUAUUGUUUUAUUAAUGCUUGCAAAGCAUAUCAUGUAAAUUGAAUUUGUUGUUGGUACAGGUGUUUUUUUUUUUUUUUUUUUGCUUUUUUUUCUUUCAAAGCAGACAUUAGCAUGCUAAUUUCAGUCUAUUAUCAGACAUCCUCAGGGGACAAGCCAGGCUGGUCCAUCACACAUGUGGGCCAAACUGAGUGAUGCUGGUGUGUGUACUGAAAUCAGUGAGGACUGCAGUCAGACUUUAAGGGACAAAACAUGCUUACCCAAGGGCUAACUUCUGCUUGGCCUCAGUUACAGCUUUAACCAAGUACAUAUCUUUAUAGUUCAUAGUUUGUUUCUCUUUCUCUGCAUGUGUCUCUUUAUUACCUUCCUACUGAAACACUCUUUUGUUAACACUGUAUGUAGAUAAUGUACUGUUCUGCCUUGUUUAAAGGGAAAAUUAUUACUCUGGAUGUAAUUUUUAUUGCCUCGAUAAAUAAUAUAACUGUACAUUCAAUAAAUACAGAACAUUGUCAAAAA